AUGGACAGAAUCAGAAAGGAAGUUGAAUAUGGCAGAACAAAACCAUCUAGCCAGCAAAGAAACACCUGCGACUCUUGUGCCUGUAUUGUGAACUUCAAAAUUCCAUGCUUUCAUACCUUGUCCCAAUAUGAUAUUAUACCAUUAAGCGCAGUCAAUCGCCGAUGGUGGAUUAACCACGAAGAUGAUGUUGAAGCUGAAGAAAAAAAAUUAGCAAACGAAGAGUGCAUUGAAAUGGUACAAGAGGAUGAUGAAAAGAUAGAAGAAAACGAAGAAAAAGAAAAUAAAUUUGAAAAAAUUGAAGAUGCACUUGAAGAAACAGACACUGCUGCAUGUAAAGAAGAAAAUAAUGAUGCGUAG